GCGGGGGCGCGCGGGGCCGGCCGGCACGCGGGGGCGGCGGGCGCGGCGCCGCCAAUCGCAGACAAAGGCCGCCCCAGUGAAUCAUGUGGUGCCGGGGGAGGAAGUGCGGCUUGUUUUCUUUCCUCCAGUCGCCGGGCUCCGGGAGGAGCAGCGCGAUGCGUGGAGACCCCCGCGGGGGCGGCGGCGGCGGGGGCGAGCCCCGAUGAGGCCCGAGCGGCCCCGGCCGCGCCGCAGCGCCUCGGGCCCCAUGGAGGCCCCGCCCUGGGACCCUCUCCGCAACGACACGCUGCCGCCCACCUUGACCCCGGCCGUGCCCCCCUACGUGAAGCUCGGCCUGACGAUCGUCUACACCGUCUUCUACUCGCUGCUCUUCGUGUUCAUCUACGUGCAGCUCUGGCUGGUGCUGCGCUACCGCCACAAGCGGCUCAGCUACCAGAGCGUCUUCCUCUUCCUCUGCCUCUUCUGGGCCUCCCUGCGCACCGUCCUCUUCUCCUUCUACUUCAGGGACUUCGUGGCGGCCAACGCGCUCAGCCCCUUUGUCUUCUGGCUGCUCUACUGCUUCCCAGUGUGCCUCCAGUUCUUCACCCUCACGCUGAUGAACUUGUACUUCACGCAGGUGAUUUUCAAAGCCAAGUCAAAAUAUUCUCCAGAAUUACUCAAGUACCGGUUACCCCUCUACUUGGCCUCACUCUUCAUCAGUCUCAUUUUCCUGUUGGUGAAUUUGACCUGUGCAGUGCUGGUGAAGACUGGGACGUGGGAGAGGAAAGUCAUCGUAUCAGUGCGUGUGGCCAUUAACGACACACUCUUUGUGCUGUGUGCCAUCUCUCUCUCCAUCUGUCUCUAUAAGAUCUCGAAGAUGUCCUUAGCCAACAUUUACUUGGAGUCUAAGGGCUCCUCUGUGUGUCAAGUGACGGCCAUCGGCGUGACUGUCAUCCUGCUCUACACCUCCCGAGCCUGCUACAACCUAUUCACCUUGUCAUUUUCUCAGAGCAAGAGUGUACACUCCUUUGAUUAUGACUGGUACAAUGUCUCAGACCAGGCAGAUUUGAAGAAUCAGCUGGGAGAUGCUGGAUAUGUAGUGUUUGGAGUCGUUCUUUUCGUGUGGGAACUAUUACCUACCACGUUAGUAGUUUACUUCUUCCGAGUGAGAAAUCCCACAAAGGACCUUACCAGCCCUGGAAUGGUCCCAAGUCAUGGAUUCAGUCCCCGAUCCUAUUUCUUUGACAACCCUAGAAGAUAUGACAGUGAUGAUGACCUCGCGUGGAAUAUUGCCCCUCAGGGGCUCCAAGGAAGCUUUGCUCCUGACUACUAUGAUUGGGGACAACAGACGAACAGCUUCUCGGCCCAAGUAGGGACUGUACAAGCCCACUCAGUUUUGGAUCCUGAUAAAACAAGUCGCGAGUAGCCUCAGUUCCCAGGUUUCUGGGCCACUUGUUAAAGAACUGACGAUGACAGCUGGAAUUUUAGGGCACUUUCUCUUAAGAAAUAGGACUGGAUUUUUUUUUAUAUUACAAGUUUUUAAUGACUUCAUAGGACCAAGCAAUAAUGUAGAUCGAUACAGCCUUAUUUUAGUACUAAAAAGAGAGCCUGGCACCUAUUUCAGUGGGUAUAAUUUAAACUUAAAAAAAAAACCUGUACUUUUAUAAAGACGUAUUUUAUGUAACUUAAAUAAUAAUGCUAAGCUAUAUUAGGUGUUUUUGAGAAUGUUAUUGAAAUACAUGUUGUAGUUUGCACAGACUUCUAUGCAUAAUUCACUUUAAAAGUAGAAAAGAUGGUGGAUUUUUGAGGCUUUUAGACUAAAGAAUUCCUCAGAUCCUCACCUUUUCUCAGAAUCUCACCUCCACAUUGGUAGAUACUAGAAAGCCAAUUGCAACUCCAGUGUUAAAGCCUAAUGGAAUAUCAGCAACUUAUAAGGGAACAGACUCCUUAAAAUUCAGAUGGUUGGGUCUCAAAGAAUCCUGAAUCUUGCCAAAAGCUUGGUGUUCACAGGUCAUGAAUAUGUAUGCUUCAAUAAGUUGAUAAUGUUAAAGAUGGAGAGAAUUGACUUAGCUAUUAAAACUUACUAUACUAUAUUAACAGAUUUUUGCAUAUUUUUCAGCCCUUUGGAAUUUAAUAUUCAUUACCUCAAAGUUCAGCAGAACUGCCCUCAAAUUACUCAUUACAUUCAAGGAUAAAAUGUUUCCUAAAAGAAGUUAAUAACGAAGUUUUUUUUUUGCUAAAACUCUGGAAUCCUAAUAAUUUAUGGAAUCCUAAUAAUUUUCUUUGUGCUGUCCAAUCACAUUUAAUAGUACGGCUUUAGAUUUUUUAAAUAACUCUUGAGAGCAGCCUCCUAGAAGCGCCUUGUUUAAAAUGGGAAAGCAUUUUCUUCUCGAUUGACUCCUUACUUUUGGCUAUUUAAAAGGACUUGUUCCAGACAAUUGCCUAUAAGCCAUCUUUCAUUUAAAUGAAAAACAUUUGUCAUGAAAUAUGAAUUUCCCAAACCCUAAGUUUCAGUUCUGCAGUUGUAGAAUCUGCCUCUACAGCUCUAAUUUACCCCAAACAGAUAAGGUAGAGGAAGUCCUGUUUCCAGGGGGAAAGUCUCAUUUUGCUCUGCUCAAGAAAUCUCACCUGUGGAGACAGAGGGAGGGAUAGAUGAGGGGGACAAACAAGAAGAAACUUACAUUGCUAAAUCCUACCUGUGUCUACCUAUGUGAUGAAACGCACUAAAAUUGGUUUUUAUUUUCCACUUGGUUCUUUAGGAUUAAUUUGCCUUCAGACAUCGAUUUCAGAGAUUAGACAACUUAUUUUCUGUUUAUUUUGAUAAUAUUUCAAAUGGGAAUCCCAAAUUUUAAAUGGAUUAUGGUUGACUUUUUUUUAUUUGUAUAGAGUAAUUUUACCUCACAUAAAAAUCCCACACACCAACAUUUUUGCAUAAACUUUCAGUAGAUAGAAUUUGAGUCACUAAUCACUUAAAACAGUUACUAUCAGGGAAACGAAGAUACUAAAGCAAAGUAUUAUUACUGUGGAUUAUUCAGCUAGUCUCAAAGUAUUGUACGCUAUUAUUUUAAAUAGCUUCAAGACACCCUACUGGUCACAUCAUAGAGCUUGGUUAUUAAUACAAGAAUUUAAAGGUAGACCCACUCAGCACAAGAGCCUAAAACUCUCAAAUGGGACCAGACUGAUAGUACAGCAGGUAAUGAGGCUUGCCUUGCACAUGGCCAACCUGGGUUUGAUCCUCGGCACCCUAUAUGGUCUCCCAGGCCCACCAGGAGUUACCCUUGAGCACAGAGCUAAGAGUAAGCCCUGAGCACUGCUGGGUGUGACCCCCAAACUGACCAAACAAAAAGACAAAACCUCACAAAUCAGCUGAGGAUAUAAAAGUAUUUUAAAAUAUGCUAAAAAAAUCACUAAAAUCAUGUGAUUGUUACAGAGUCUUUAUUUUUACUGACAGGAGAGUGGAAAGAUCAGGCAUUAACUGAUUAAAAAGCUCUAUUUUUGGUAAUAAAGCUGCUAUUGACCUUUCUAAUUGUAAAGGAUAAAACUGUCCUAAGUGCCUAUUUUUUUCCCGUAUGUUUUUAAAAAAGUGUUGCUAGCACACAAGUGCAAUUAACAUUGAUAAGAAAAUUUCACUAGGAUUUUAUCGAACAAUCUUUCAUAGUAAACAUCCAGGUAAACUCUGUGGUCUAUUGUAGGAAUAGAAAGCAGAAGGAAAUUAAAAUUUCCUGCAAUCACUUCAUUUACAUGUGCUGCUAAAAACACUGGCAGGGCUACUCCUUAUGUAAAAUAAUAAAGUCUCAGAGAAGGCAAAGAAUGUUAAUUACUGGUUUUAAAAGUCCCAGAUGUCCUCUUUAAAGCAACAUGAUGAAAUUAAAACCUUGAUUUCAGAGUAUAAACUUAACUCUGAAAGAAGCAGUAGUGUCACUGAAGAUCACUAUCAUUAUGUCUGAUUCUACACUAAUAGAGGACGUAUGAAUAUUUCUGCACAUCUGUUGGAUGUCCACAUGUUGCUCUCCACCAAUGGAGUUGGCUGAGAAUUUUAAUUGAUUUGAUAGUUUAUGUGUGUCCUUUGUUUUUCUCUUUAUAACUAACCAAUUUAAUUGAGCUCUUGAUUAAAAUAUUCAAACUGUGUUACA